AUGGGUCACCAUGUGAGUGCUUUGUUCUCUAGUCUCGGAAGGUUCUUCGAGUACCCCGUGAAGAGGAAACCCAUAUGCUUUUACAGACAAGAGGACUUCACGGCUACCGAAACAGGGGAGCCGCAGAAAAAAGUGACGGAAAUACAGAAAACCACGAAAACUGACUAUGACAAGCUGGUAGAGCUCUUCUACAAGCGGCUGGCUGAGCAACGACAGUACAAUCAAGAAAUGAAAGAACAAGACCGUAGGUGGAGCAUGCAAAAGGUGGUAGAGCGAUUUCCAGGCUGGAACGAAGUAACAAUCGCUAAUCUGCACAGCCUUUUCUUGCUUUUCGAUAACCAAUCGAACGGAAUGCUUGGUUUCGAUGAUUUCUGCGCAGUUUUAGAGAGUUUGGGAGACGAGACGUCUAUGGAAGUACGCAAAGAAAAAUUCAAUGCUGCUGACACAGAUGUAGAUGGAUGGAUCACUUAUGAUGAUUUUUUGUCGCUGGUGUACAACUUCAGUCCGCAAGAAGAUGGCCAAUUGACUGGACUGGCUCAGCUCUGCAAUGACGUAGCUGAUAAUAUACAAUUCGUAAGCAAUUUGACAGUGGGCGAACAACUAGAAUAUGGCUUAUUCUAAAAUGUUUAAUUUCGUGUGUCGUAAUGUU